AUGGCCUUCGCCCGCCCUGCCCCUCUCCUGCUUCAGAAGUCCCCAGAAACUCCACGGUUGGCCACCCAGCCCGAGCCGCCUGGGGUCCGAAGGGAAGCUGAACGCCCGGUGGGCUCCCGGGAUGGUUAUUCCCGUUCUUUGCGCUGCCUUCACCCAGUGAGGGAGCCUGUGCCCAUCCUGCCCAGUAGCUUUCGAGGUCGCUGCGGAGCUUCAGCUGCCAUCUUCGGAUCCUGUGUUCCGCACGGGGGCUCCACCAGAGCAGGGAUCGUGCAGAAUGGGGAAAUGGAGAGAGAACCUGAAAGAGCCCCAAACUCGAGGACCUAUUGCUCCCCAAGAAUAACAUCUUCCAGAACUAGACAGAAAACUAGGCGUCUGGGAACCCUGAAAUCCUUGGAGGAGUAGCAUCAUCAUGACCCUCUGUGUUCCUUUUGGCAAACGACUUGCUUCCAUUGUUUGUUUGUUCAAUUGUCCGUUUGUUAAAUAAAUAAGACCCUUUUCAUGUAUCUUUAAAAUUA